GCGCCCCUUUCCCACUCGUUCACUCCAUCCCGAAGAUUUAUUUGACUCGUUGGCGGGGGAGGAGAAAGGAGUUUUUUUUAAAUUUGUGUCACUGGCAGAAUCCACUUGAGUCUUUGCAUUUCGUUGGAUUUCUGCAAGAUUUGCUGUGCUGAAAAAGGUUGGAAGCAGGUUUCUAUCUCUCAGUCAAUCCCACUCCUCACCGUGAACCAUGAAGUUUGCUCUGGCAACCGCUUUAUUCCUCAUAACAGAAGUCCUACUAAUGGAGGGCGUUCAGUCCGCCAGAAUAAAACAGAUGAAGAUAAGGGACAAAAUGCUCGCAGACAGAAGGUGCACCACCGGUCCCAUUGAUCUUCUGUUCGUCAUCGAUAGCUCCCGGAGUGUCCGUCCCUUCGAGUUUGAGUUGAUGAGGAAUUUUGUCAUUGACAUGGUCAACUUCUUGACGGUGGGACCAGACGCUAGCCGGGUGAGUUUGGUCCAAUACUCCAGCCAAGUCCAGAAUGUCUUCUCCUUCAAGACGUUCCAGAAGAAAGCUGACAUGGUCAAGAGCAUCAAGGAGGUGAUCCCUCUAGCCCAAGGGACGAUGACUGGCCUGGCCAUCCAGUACGCCAUGAAUGUGGCCUUCAGCGAGCGGGAAGGUGUCCGUCCCCUGUCCAUGAAGAUUCCCAGAGUGGCCAUCAUUGUCACGGACGGGAGACCCCAGGACAGGGUCACUGAGGUGGCAGCUCGGGCUCGAGAGGCGGGUAUCGAGAUCUACGCCGUUGGGGUGCAGAGGGCAGAGAUGAGCUCCCUCAGAGCUAUGGCCUCCUUGCCCCUGGAAGAGCACGUCUUCCUGGUCGAGACCUUUGACCUGAUCGAACAGUUUGCCAAAACGUUCCAGGACAAAUUGUGUGCUCAAGACCUGUGUGCUGACGGCAGACACGGUUGCCAGCAUGUCUGUGUCUCCAGCACAGGCUCCUUCCACUGUGCCUGCCGAGAGGGUUAUGUGUUGAACGAAGACAAGAAGACCUGCACAGCCAUUGACCUGUGCUCCCAUGGUGAUCACGACUGUGAACAGAUCUGCAACAGCUCCCCGGGGUCCUACCGAUGCAGCUGCCGCUCUGGUUUCAGACUGAACCAGGACAAGAAGACCUGCAGCCCCACUAACCUCUGUGAGCUGGGAGAGCACGGAUGUGAACACAUUUGUGUCAGUACCCCCGGCUCCUUUCACUGUCGCUGUCGAUCUGGAUACACCCUCAACCGUGACAUGAAGACCUGCUCUCUCCUCAACCUCUGUGACCUUGGAAACCAUGGCUGUGAGCAGAUCUGUGUGAGCUCCCCUGGUUCCUACCAGUGCCGCUGUCGACCGGGAUACACCCUCAACCGGGACAAGAAGUCCUGCAGCAUGGUGAGUUACUGUUCAUUUGGGAACCACAGUUGCCAGCACGAGUGUGUCAACGUUCUCAAUGGAUACUACUGCACAUGUCAGGACGGGUUUGAACUACAGAGUGAUGGCAAAACCUGCAAAGCUGUCAACUUGUGUAACACGAUGGAGCAUGGCUGUGAAUUUGAGUGUGUCAGCACCCCAGGAUCGUACUUCUGCAUCUGUCCACCGGGGAGGCAACUCAACCAGGACGGCAAGAGCUGCAACAAGUGCAGCCGUGCCAACAUUGACCUGGUCUUCGUCAUUGACGGCUCCAAGAGCGUGCGCCCGGAGAACUUUGAGCUGGUGAAGAAGUUUGUCAACAACAUUGUGGACGCGCUGGACGUGUCCAGCCAGGGCACGCGGGUGGGCCUGGUGCAGUACUCCAGCAGUGUGCGGACCGAGUUCCCCCUGGGCACGCACAGCUCGCCGGCAGCCUUGAAGUCGGCGGUGAGCGGGGUGCAGUACAUGGAGAAAGGCACCAUGACCGGCCUGGCCCUCAAACACAUGGUGCAGAACAGCUUCACGUCCGCAGGUGGGGCCAGACCCGAGGCGGACAACUACCCGCGUGUGUGCGUGGUGUUCACCGACGGCCGCUCUCAGGACAGCAUCUCAGAGUGGUCCAAGAAAGCCAAAGAUGCCGGCAUCACCAUGUAUGCAGUUGGCAUUGGGAAGGCAGUGGAGGAUGAGCUGCGUGAAAUCGCCUCGGAGCCUGUGGACCAACACUUCUUCUACGCUUCGGACUUCAGCGCCAUUGAUCACAUCGCUGAGAAUCUGAAGCUCAACAUCUGUGAGGAGGAAGUUACUGGACAGGAAACAAUUAAAAACCCAUGUGCGUGUGAAGCUCUGGUAGCAUUCCAGCAAGACACACUGUCGGCGUUAGAAGGAUUCUCUCAAAAACUAGCCCAGAUGACUGCCAAGCUGGAAGAUUUGGAAAGCCGCACCAUCAGAUCAGUGAAAUGAAAUGUAAAAGUCUAUCGCCGCCAUCGUCACAUCAUCAGGGGUGUUUCUAACUCGCUAAAAUUGAUUUAGCUCCACAUGUCGUUUCAGUUUUUGAGUGUUAUUUUUUACAAAGAAAAUAUUCAUUUAGGAUGCCUUUUUUCUACUGCUUCGAAAUAUUUAACAGUAAAGGAACGUUUUUACAAGAUAAUUUUA